AUGGAAUGGGGGUUGGCGACCCGGUCAGCUUCCUUCCCCGCCAUCCCUAAUAAUAAUAAUAUAAUAAUAAUAAUUUAUUAUUUAUACCUUGCCCAUCUGGCUGGGCUUCCCCAGCCACUCUGGGCGGCUUCCAACAAAAUAUUAAAAUACAGUAAUGCAUCAAACAUCAAAAGCUUCCCUAAACAGGGCUGCCUUCAGAUGUCUUCUAAAAGUCUGGUAGUUGUUGUUCUCUUUGACAUCUGGUGGGAGGGUAUUCCACAGGGAGGGCGCCACCACCGAGAAGGCCCUCUGCCUGGUUCCCUGUAACUUGGCUUCUCGCAGGGAGGGAACCGCCAGAAGGCCCUCGGCGCUUGACCCCAGUGUCCGGGCAGAAUGAUGGGGGUGGAGACGCUCCUUCAGGUCUACUGGGCCGAGGCCGUUUAGGGCUUUAAAGGUCAGCACCAACAUUUUGAAUUGUGCUCGGAAACAUACUGGGAGCCAAUGUAGGUCUUUCAAGACCGGUGUUAUAUGGUCUCGGCGGCCGCUCCCAGUCACCAGUCUAGCUGCCGCAUUCUGGAUUAAUUGCAGUUUCUGGGUCACCUUCAAAGGUAGCCCCACGUAGAGCGCAUUGCAGUAGUCCAAGCGGGAGAUAACCAGAGCAUGCACCACUCUGGCGAGACAGUCUGCGGGCAGGGAGGGUCUCAUCCUGCGUACCAGAUAGAGCGGGUAGACAGCUGCCCUGGACACAGAAUUGACCUGCACCUCCAUGGACAGCUUUGAGUCCAGAAUGACUCCCAGGCUGCACACCUGGUCCUUCAGGGGCACAGUUGCCCCAUUCAGGACCAGGGAAUCCCCCACACCUGCCCGCUCCCUGUCCCCCAAAAACAGUACUUCUGUCUUGUCAGGAUUCAACCUCAAUCCGUUAGCCGCCAUCCAUCCUUCAACCACCUCCAGACACUCACAUAGGACCUUCACUGGUUCUGAUUUGAAAGAGAGGUAGAGCUGGGUAUCCUAGAGACGAGCCUCGCCCGCAGCGAACCCGGAACUCCACGUGCGUGCGAGAGUUCUACUCGCCGUAGAUCUAUAGCCCGAAACGCGCUCGGGGGACGCCAGGCCUGACUAAACGAUUGCCGAGCCCCGCAGGGGGAAAGGGAGCGCGCCGAGCUAUAGAUCGGAGGCGGGGCGCCAUUUUCCCGGAAGUGGGGAAGGAAACAAAGCAGCCGGAGCCGGGUAAGGCCUUGAGCUUCUGUGGGGGGCAGCCCUGGACUGGGGGGGGGGCGAGGUUUGAGGGAGGGGGCGCUGGGGGGGCCUGGUCCUCGGGGGGCCCUUGUCGGGAUGCGGCCCCCGUCCGCCUCUCUCUUAUUUGGGGAGGGGGACGCCAUAGUUCUCUCAGACCUGGGGGGGAGGGAGUGGAGCCCGUGGACCCCCCCCCCAGCUGGGGCAGCUUCCCCCACCGCCAGGACGCCCCUUGGCUCUCCGUGGGUCCGGCGUCCGUCAGUCAAUGGGCCAGCCAGGAUACGCCCCCCAUCCCUUCUCCUCUCUCUUCCCUCCUGCCUGCCUGCCUCCCUCACAGGGUUGUUGUUGCUGCUGGGGGGCACAGCUGGCCUGGUCUGAAUCACCUCAAUUAAUAAUAAUAAUAAUAAUUAUUAUUAUUUAUACCCCGCCCUCCCCAGCCAGAGCCGGGCUCAGGGCGGCUAACACCAGUAAAAUUACAGUAAAAACAUAAUGGGGACGACGACCCCAAUUUAAAAUACAGGUUAAAAUGCAAUUUAAAAUGCAGCCUUAUUUUAAAAGGAGCCCAUAGAUAUAAUAAUAUAUAAGAUUAAUAAUAAUAAUAAUAAUAUAUUUAUACCCCACCCAUCUGGUUGGGUUUCCCCAGCCACUGUGUGCAGCUUCCAACUGAAUAUUAAAAACAAUACAGCAUCAGACAUUAAAAACUUCCCUAAACAGUUGUCUUUUAAAAGUUGUCUUUUUAAACAGUUGUCUUUUAAAAUUAUAAAAUAAUAAUAAUUUAUACCCCGCCCUCCCCAGCCAGAGCCGGGCUCAGGGCGGCUAACACCAGUAAAAUUACAGUAAAAACAUAAUGGGGACGACGACCCCAAUUUAAAAUACAGGUUAAAAUGCAAUUUAAAAUGCAGCCUUAUUUUAAAAGUAGCCCAUAGAUAUAAUAAUAUAUAAGAUUAAUAAUAAUAUAUUUAUACCCCACCCAUCUGGUUGGGUUUCCCCAGCCACUGUGUGCAGCUUCCAAAUGAAUAUUAAAAACAAUACAGCAUCAGACAUUAAAAACUUCCCUAAACAGUUGUCUUUUAAAAGUUGUCUUUUUAAACAGUUGUCUUUUAAAAUUAUAAAAUAAUAAUAAUUUAUACCCCGCCCUCCCCAGCCAGAGCCGGGCUCAGGGCGGCUAACACCAGUAAAAUUACAGUAAAAACAUAAUGGGGGGGACGACCCCAAUUUAAAAUACAGGUUAAAAUGCAAUUUAAAAUGCAGCCUUAUUUUAAAAGGAGCCCAUAGAUAUAAUAAUAUAUAAGAUUAAUAAUAAUAAUAUAUUUAUACCCCACCCAUCUGGUUGGGUUUCCCCAGCCACUGUGUGCGGCUUCCAACUGAAUAUUAAAAGCAAUACAGCAUCAGACAUUAAAAACUUCCCUAAACAGUUGUCUUUUAAAAGUAAAAUAGUUGUUUAUUGCCUUGACAUCUGUGGACCCCCCCCCCCCCAGCUGGGGCAGCUUCCUCCACCGCCAGGACGCCCCUUGGAUCUCCGUGGGUCCGUCGUCCGUCAGUCAAUGGGCCAGCCAGGAUGUGCCCCCCCAAUCCCUUCUCCUCUCUCUUCCCUCCUGCCUGCCUGCCUCCCUCACAGGGUUGUUGUUGUUGCUGCUGGGGGCGGGACAGAGCUGGCCUGGUCUGAAUCACCUCAAUUAAUAAGAAUAAUAAUAACUUUUAUUUAUACCCCACCCUCCCCAGCCAUAUAUAUUAUUAUAUAUAAUAAUAUAUAAGGUAUAAUAAUAAUAAUAAUAAUAAUAAUAUAUUUCUACCCCGUCCAUCUGUUUGGGUUUCCCCAGCCACUGUGUGCGGCUGCUUCCAGCAAAAUAUUAAAAUACAAUAAUUCAUCAAAUAUUAAAAGCUUCCCUAAACAGUAAACUUCCUCCGCUGCUCCCUCUCUUUCCGCAGAGGAAGCUCCUCGGGGCAGGGACCUCUCUAGACCACACUUAUUCCCAGUUUGGGGGAAAGGCAGGGCCAGAUUUAGGUUGGAUGAGGCCCUAAGCUCCUGAAGGUAAUGGGGCCCUUUAUAUGUCCAGCUGUCCUGUGUCAACAACAAAUGGUCGCUGUUUUUUGUGUUGAUUAGAUGCAAUAUGGUAAUUUAUGGACCUAAUAGGUAUCUAAAGCCAUUUGCUCAUAAAAAAAUAUGUAUUUUAUCAAAGUAAUUGAUACAGAAAUGAGCAAACCAGUGAUAUUUUAGGGAGCAGGUUAGCAGGCGGGGCUCAUUACUUACAUUGUAGGAGCCUACACAACACAAAACACUGUUGCUGUAGGUAGGUUUUAUUUUAUUUGUUUUUUAUCUUAUAUUUUGGAAAUGUACAUCCAGUUUGUUUGUUUCCUUUAAAUUUUUUUGGGGGCCCCCAAGAGAGUGGGGCCCUAAGCUAUAGCUUGUUAAGCUUAUACGUAAAUCCGGCACUGGGGAAAGGCUCCAUUUAUUGUUGAGAAACACUCCCCCUUUUAUUUCUUUGUUUGUGCGCUGGAAAGAACAUUACCAACAUCUCCUUAACUGCAACUCCCCUGUAACUGCUGAGGUCCUCUCACAAAUUCUGCAAAACCAAGUUAGAGAUGAGCUUGCAGUAUCUCCAAAUCGGGGAGAGUUGUGUACAGCUAUUAACGAAAUGAAAAAUAACAAAGCCAGCGGACCUGAUAGGAUAUCUUCAAAGUGGGUGGAACAGAACUUAAACAACAACUACACAAGCUCAUUGAAAAAAUCUGGGAGAGAGAUCACAGAAGACUUUAGGGAUGCCAAAAUUAUCGAUUUCUUCUUAAAAAGGUCUCAGAACUGAUUGCAGAAAGGCUAUGAGUGCUCGCCAAAGAAGAAGAAUUUGUUUCAGAGCUAAUUAGCCAAGAAGAGCUUGCAGGGUUGACAUCUAAGAUGUAAUGUGUAAAUUUCAGAAGUAGGACAUUCAAUAUUAUGGGAGCAGCCUCCCAAGCAAGAUUAGACAGGCUUCCCUCCCUGGUCAGCUUCAGGUGCUUGGCAAGGACUUCCAUAUUUCAGCAUUUUAAGGGAGUUCUCUGUCCUAGGCUUAAUUUUAAUGGUUCUAAUUCUGAAUAUUAAGUACUUGGAAUACAAAAUCAGCAAACGAACAAAUGUGGAGGGAGGUUUAGCUGUGACUUCUUACCUGCUCUUAUCACAGGCACCUUGCGUGUUGGUACUUUAGAUCUCAGCUGCGGACCCUCGGAGGAAGAAUGUUUCAUGGAAUCCCAGCAGCCCCUGGGAUGGGAGGUGAGUCCAGUGCUGCUUGUGAGCUAAUUCUGGGGUGGCCAGAGCAAAUGCAGGGACUUCUUGGACCUUAAAUUCUUGAUAUGCAGGGGUUUUUGUGUGUGUGUGAAGUGUUUUUAUAUAUUUCAUUAUAAAAAUAUGUAUCAAUCGCCCCUUCACAUAUAAUAUCAAGGCAGUGUACAGCAAAAUAUGUCAAUGUGAUAAAAUGUUAAAUACAAUACGAGAUACAGUGGACGCUUGGGUUACGAAUGUGAUCCAUGCGGGAGGCACGUUUGCAACCCGCUGCGCAUGUGCAGAUUGCGAUUUGGCGCUUCUGAGCAUGUGCAAAGCAUGAUUUAGUGCUUCUGCGCAUGCGUGACUGCCGAAACCCGGAAGUAACCUGUUCCGGUACUUCCGGUUUCGGUGGGUCCGUAACCUGAAAAAACUUAACCUGAAGCGUCUGUAACCCGAGGUAUGACACUUGCGCAACCUGAAAGAAUUUAUAAACAGCUGAAUAGGUGUGUUGGCAUAAGAUCUUGAAGAGAAGCCUAAAAAUAAAUGGCAAGGAUUCUGUGUAUCUAACCUGUGUGCUAGGCAUGGUGUCUCCAAACCCCCACUGAUCUUGGGCUCCUCUUCCAAAUUCUUUUAUGUUCUGGCAUAAGGCAAGGAGGAGAGGGCAAUCCGUGGCUGUUAACCACGAUGCUUAUACUCUGCCUGCAAAGUCAGAGGCAGUUGCUGGAAAGCGCAGGAGGGCAGAGGCUCUUGUGCUCAAAUCCUGCUUGUGGGUUUCCUGGAGAACAUUUCUCAUGUUCAUGGCAGCAGUUUGGGAGCAAGUUGGUCUCAUGUAUUUCCGCCUUUUUGUUUUUCAGCCCCAGCGAAUAAGCCGGAACUAUACGAGGCAAGUGGUGCGGUUUCUCUCGUGGCUUAGUGGCCAGAAGCUCCUUUCAAAUGAGGCACAGGGAGUGGGUUGGGGAGGGGGAGUUGCAGUAUUGCGGGAAAUUUCAGGCACUCCCCAAAUUGCAGGACUGCCAGCCAAAGCGCUCCUGAUUUGGGCAGGACUCCCCUGGGGAACUACCCUCGCUGCUCCUUACAAGGGCAUUUGGGGGGCUCCCAUAGCCCAGACUUGAAGGUCCCCGAUGCCCCAACUCUCCUUUCAUUGGUGCAAAGAUUUGGUGGAUCCAGUGUCUCUCUCCUUUCCCUUGCAGGAAGUGAAGUUAUACAAGAACGCCCGGGAGCGAGAGAAGUGAGUACUUGACCCAAUUACCGUAUUUUUCGCUCUAUAGGACACACCCGACCAUAGGACGCACCUUGUUUUAGAGGGGGAGAACAAGAAAAAAAAUUCUCCCCCUCUCUGCCCCUUCCAUUUCUCCUCCCACUUCGCUGAAGGGGCGCUGCACCGAAAGGGAAAGCUGUGCAGCGCCUCUCCAGCGAAGCGAAGCCAGGAGAGCAAGAGGGAUCGGUGCGCACCGACCCCUCUCGCUCUCCAGGCUUCAGUGAACGCAACCUGAAGCCUCCGGAGCGCAGCAGGAGCUCCCGCUGCGCUCCGGAGGCUUCAGGUUCCUUUCGCUGAAGCCAGGAGAGUCUUGCUUUCCUGGCUUCAGUGAAGCAACCCGAAGCCUCUGGCUUCAGGCGGCUAUCGCUGAAGCCUGGAGAGCAAGAGGGCUCUCACUCUCCAGGCUUCAGCGAAAGCAACGCGAAGCCUCCGGAGCAUGAAGGGAGCGCUCCCUCUGCUCUUCGGAGGCUUCGCGUUGCUAUCGCUGAAGCCAAGGAGCCUGCAUUCGCUCCAUAAGAUGCACACACAUUUCCCCUUAAUUUUUGGAGGGGGGGGGGAGUGCGUCUUAUAGAGCGAAAAAUACAGUAUACCCAGCUCUAGUGUGUGUCGUUGCAAAGGACAUGCUCAGUGAUGGCUCAGGCCACACCUCUGUUCAACUCCCGCUCUGAUUACCUACUCUGAGACCCCACAGCUAAUUCUCCCCUGGCCUCCUCGCUGGCCCAAGUAGGACUAAUUCAGCCAGCUAGCCCUGGGGAUUAUCUAAUGCUUAUUUCCCCUAAAUUGGUUUUUGAAUUUUAUUGUUAUUCAUGUUUUUAUACUGUAUUUUAUGCUGCUUUUACAACUGUUUUAAAUUUGUUGUUAGCUGCCCUGAGCCCGGUUUUUGAACCGGGAAGAACGGGGUAUAAAUAAAAAAAUAUUAUUAUUUAUUAUUAUUAACUCUCUCUGCCUGGGAAGGGGCUUGAUUGACAGGAAGGGGGAGCGACUUUUGGAGAUUCAGCAGUCGUGGGAGUGGUCUGAGGGGCUGAGUCUUCUUUAGGAAAGCAGUUCAUAAGAUAUCAAAUUCUGCAUUAAUUGCUGUUGGGAAGGAUUUGGAAAGUAGGGUGGAAUGCAUCAUCUAUUAAUCAUCCUUCCUCUUACUCACUUGAGGAAGUUGGGUGUCUAGUUUAGCAGAGUGGUGCUUCUGGGCACCACAAUUCAAGAAGGACACUGACAAACUGGAACGUGUCCAGAGGAGGGCAACCAAAAUGGUCAAAGGCCUGGAAACGAUGCCUUAUGAGGAACGGCUAAGGGAGCUGGGCAUGUUUAGCCUGGAGAAGAGGAGGUUAAGGGGUGAUAUGAUAGCCAUGUUCAAAUAUAUAAAAGGAUGUCACAUAGAGGAGGGAGAAAGGUUGUUUUCUGCUGCUCCAGAGAAGCGGACACGGAGCAAUGGAUCCAAACUACAAGAAAGAAGAUUCCACCUAAACAUUAGGAAGAACUUCCUGACAGUAAGAGCUGUUUGACAGUGGAAUUUGCUGCCCAGGAGUGUGGUGGAGUCUCCUUCUUUGGAGGUCUUUAAGCAGAGGCUUGACAACCAUAUGUCAGGAGUGCUCUGAUGGUGUUUCCUGCUUGGCAGGGGGUUGGACUCGAUGGCCCUUGUGGUCUCUUCCAACUCUAGGAUUCUAUGAUUCUAGGAGUUAAAAUAUGCCAUUCUGUGCUGCAUUAGCACUGAAACUUUGGACAGACCUGUGGAGCUUUCGCUAAUUAUCCAGGAUGCCUUGGGCAUCCUGCCUUGUUUAGUCCUCUGAAUAAAAUAACACAGAAGUCUGUAGUAUAAGAGUAUAUAAAUAUUGUUUCCCGACAUAAAGUUGUAGACUCGAUUCAGGUAGAAAAUAGCAGUGAAACAAGGUGGGCAAAAUAUACAGUGGAACCUUGGAAGUCAAACAUAAUCCAUUCUGGAAGGACGUUUGACUUCCGAAAUGUUCGAACUCCGAGGUGCGGCUUCUGACUGGCUGACAGCUAGGCUGUUUGCAGAUCAGAAGCUGCGUCAGAUGUUUGGGUUCCGUUCGGAAACUGGAACACUUUGACGUCCGGGAGCCGAAAUGUUCCAAAAUGGAGGUGUUCGGGAACCGAGAUUUGACCGUACUUCAGAAUUACAAAAUACAUGGUUUAGGUCAAAGAUGGGGUUUGUGCUUUGGGGGAGCACAGAUCCGGCAUCCUUUCCCUACGGCUGCAUGAUGAGAGAGUUUUCCUCAGGUGGGAGGAAGUGACGAGGAUUGUUUUCCUAUUGUUACCCUUUCCGCCUGGGCAAGCAGAGGAUGUGACCUCACACAAAGUGCCCUCUAGGACUUUACAGGGAGCGCCAUGUGUCUUAACCCUUUGCUCCCCUAGCAACUGUGGAAUUCGAUAUUUUGAGUGCCGUGUCAUUUCCCCACAAAUGCAUGAGCCCUUGUCUGAUGUGAGAGGUCUGCAUGCCCCUAUGCCCCCCACAAGGCUCCUGGCCUCUGUCAGAGUCUCUUUUCUCAGAGGGAAACGGGUCAGGGUGCAGCUGGACCUUCGUAAUUGACUCAUUCUAACUUUGCUUCAGGUACGACAACAUGGCUGAGCUGUUUGCUGUGGUGAAGACAAUGCAGGCUCUGGAAAAAGCCUACAUCAAGGACUGUGUCACCCCCAACGAGUGAGUUGACAGGCACCUGGAGGGAUCUGAGGCAGUGCCACUCUGGGUUCAUAGAAUUGCAGGGGUGGCAGGGACACAGAGGGCCACCUGAUUCAGCCCCUGCAAUGCAGCUCCCUCAAGAGAUCUGUAAAAGAGGAGAGAUCUAGGGCAGCAUUGCUUAAUUCAGGAGUGGAGCAGGGCAGCAUUCGUCAUGGGCAGCUGUGGAGAAAAAGGGGGCAGAGGUGUGGGCAGCUGAUUCCAUGUGGCCCCCUGUCCUUCCAGGUACACUGCAGCUUGCUCCCGCCUCCUAGUCCAGUAUAAGGCAGCCUUCAAGCAGGUCCAAGGCCCGGAAAUCAACUCCAUCGAUGACUUUUGCCGUAAAUUUCGGGUAAGCAGUUGGUGCUGAAGGGCGACGUCUGCAUGGGCGGUGUUGAGCGGGGAGUGGUGUCCUCUGGUCCCAGCUGUGCAGCCAGAUUCUCAUCCCUGGGUGCCAAACCUCUGCUCCUUCACCCCAGAGUGCAGAUGAAGCGGCUUUUUCCAGCUCCUGACCCGCCUUGCGGUCCUCGAGGGGAUCGAGACCAUGGCUGGGGGAGCCUGAGGGGAUCCCUGUGGGAAAGUUGUGGCUGAUCUGUGUUUCCCUCCUUUGAGCAUCCCUGUUUCCUCUGUCUCUUGCAGCUCGAUUGCCCGCUGGCCAUGGAGAGGAUCAAGGAAGACCGGCCGAUUACCAUCAAGGACGACAAGGGCAACCUCAACCGCUGCAUUGCGGACAUCGUGUCGGUAGGUGGGCAGGGGGAGGGACGACCUGGAGCAGAAGGGCGUCUCUUGGGGGUCCUUCUGCCGGAUGCUCCUUGGGCCCAAACUGAAGGUCUUUUCCUUCCUUCCAGCUCUUUAUCACAGUGAUGGACAAGCUGCGCUUGGAGAUCCGGGCAAUGGAUGAGGUGAGUGAAAUGAGAGGGGUGCUUCCACCCAAAGGCGCUGCCCUCCCCAGGCCAAGGUUGGUCAGGGUGAUGCUAUGAGCACCUUAACAUCUUGGAGGUCCCAGGCCACAGGGAGGUUAGACUGGCCUCGACCAGAGCCAGGGGUUUUUCGGCCGUGGCCCCGAUUUGGUGGAACGCUCUGUCCCAAGAGACCAGGGUCCUGCGGGACUUGACAUCUUUCCGCAGGGACUGCAAGAUGGAGCUGUUCCACCAGGCCUUUGGCCAAGGCACAGCCUGACCCCCUCUCUCCUUCUGUAAUCCUUAUAGAACUCUAGCCCAAUGGUUGCCAUUAAUUAGAUUUUGAAUUGAUUUUAGAAUGAAUUGAUUUUAGAAUGCAUUUCAAUUAAUUGAUUGUGAUUUUAUGUGAAUGGUGUCACUUUUAUUGUGGUUAGCCGCUCUGAGCCCGGCUUUGGCUGGGGAGGAUGGGAUAUAAAUAAAAUUUUAUUUAUUAUUGUUGUUGUUAUUAUUAUUAUUAUUGACUUGUGCAUUUGUUGUGGGGUGUUAGAUACUGCAUGCUUUCCAGCCAAACUACAGGCACAGAUUUCGUUGUGAAAUGGGCAAGCAGUUGAUAGGAUCCUGUCUCUAGGUAUAAUCACAAUGACUGUGUCUCCAAAAGCAGUGUCUAAAUCUUACGAAAUACAUACUCCCUACAUGUUCAUAGGGGAUAAAUCUAUCAGUGUCUGGUAUCAUCAUCACCCUGCCUUUUGACACUUGAGAUGAGUGUUUUUAGCACCCAACUUAUUUCUGUAAUUUUGCUUUCACCCACCCUUAGGACCUUGCUUAUUUAUUUUUGUUUAUAAAAAUAUUUAUAUACCACUAAAUAAUAAAAAUAUACCCAGAGGCGGUUGACAACAUUAAAAGGAUAAAAACCAUGCACAUGAGUCCAUGUCAGGGGAAAAGCUGGGGUAUAAAUACAGUGGUGCCCCGCAAGACGAAUGCCUCGCAAGACGGAAAACCCGCUAGACGAAAGGGUUUUCCGUUUUUGAGUUGCUUCGCAGGACGAAUUUCCCUAUGGGCUUGCUUCGCAAGACGAAAAUGUCUUGCGAGUCUUGAGAUUUUUUUUCGCUUUCCCCCCCUUUUUCUAAGCCGCUAAUAGCCUUUUAGCAGCUAAGCCGCUAAGCCUUUAAUAGCCGCUAAACCGCUAAUAGCGCUAAUCCGCUAAUAGGGUUGCUUCGCAAGACGAAAAAAAACGCUAGACGAAGACACUCGCGGAACGGAUUAAUUUCGUCUUGCGAGGCACCACUGUAUAUAAUGAUAAUAAUAAAGUAGUUUUGUUUUUUAAGCCUCGAUAAACCAUGGUGGAAGGAUGAACUCUGAAUUGGCUGCAUUGACCUCGCAGAAUAGAACAGUUUUCAGGCAUUUGAAAGUUGGCACAGUCCCUAAGGGAUGCUGGAUUAGAGAGGUCUUUGCCUGAUCCAGCCACAGGGCUCUGUCUAUAUCCUCCUUCAUUGGUGGUUUCCAGACAGAAGAGGGGUGGCCCUCUGUCAGCAAUUCUUUAAUUUAGAUUCCUGCAUUGUCGUGGGCUGCACUAGAUGACUCCAGAAGACUCUUGGGGCCCCUUCUGCCAUUCUGAUUUGAUGAUUUGAAGCACGUUUUUCACAAUUUCACUAUACGCUUAGUGAAAAUUGCUUGGUGUCCAGAGAUCAGCAGCUGCACCUGCCUGCCAAGACACUUCUUUGAGUGCUUUGUGGCUCAGGUGGGAUGGGGGGAGGUUGACCAAGGAGGGCUGCCCAGUGACCUUCCCUCUUCUUCUCCUCCUCCUCCUCCUCAGAUCCAGCCUGACCUCCGGGAAUUGAUGGAGACCAUGAACCGCAUGAGCCACUUGCCCCCGGACUUCGAGGGGCGGCAGAAAGUGAACCAGUGGUGAGCAUUUUCCCCAUAGAAUGAGGAACUCUGUUUCUCUCCUCUUACCCUUUUCGAUUAUUCUAAAAUGAAACGGUUGUCUGGUGGGGUAAAAAAGGUAAAGGGGCCCCUGACCAUUAGGUCCAGUUGUGGCCGACUCGGGUUGCGGCGCUCAUCUCGCUUUACUGGCCGAGGGAGCCGGUGCAGUUUCCGGGUCGUGGCCAGCAUGACUAAGCCGCUUCUGGCAAACCAGAGCAGCGCACGGAAAUGCCGUUUACCUUCCCGCCAGAGCGGUACCUAUUUAUCUACUUGCACUUUGACGUGCUUUCGAACUGCUAGGUUGGCAGGAGCUGCAACCGAGCAACGGGAGCUCACCCCGUCGCGGGGAUUCGAACCGCCAACCUUCUGAUCGGCAAGUCCUAGGCUCUGUGGUUUAACCCACAGUGCCACCCACGUCCUGCCUGUCUGGUGGGGAAACUGCAGCAAAGGCAGCGCCUCAAAGCUGCAGCUUUUCCAUCCCAGGUGGGUUGGCGUAAACGCCCGAGGCCUUUCCGUGCGGCUUCCAAACCUCCCCCAGCCUGCGCUCACUUUUCCGCUUGGAACAGGGAAGAGGCCAGAGCCAUCUGCCUCUCCUAUGGCCCGACAGAGGCAUUUCCCAGAAGAGGCUUCUUUCCUCCCCCCGGUAUAUUGUGGAGUCACGAGGAAGGCAGGAUGAGAGGGGAAGAGACAAGACGCCCCUUCUCUCCCUCUUGCUCAUUCCGCUCCAGCGCUUGAUGCCUCUUGCUCUCCCUCCAGGCUGCAAACCCUGAGCGGCAUGUCGGCUUCGGACGAACUGGACGACUCUCAAGUGCGGCAGAUGCUCUUCGACUUGGAGUCUGCCUACAAUGCCUUCAACCGCUUCCUGCACUCGUGAGGAGGAGGAGGACGGGCUUUGGGCCUCGUCGACAGCGGCCACAUCAUGUGGUUAUAGAGCCAUUGUGCCAGGAAUGAAAAUGUACAUUCCUCCCAUUGUCCCUCUGAAUGCGAGGACUCGUUUCCCCUCCUUUGGGGUGGGAAAAAGAAACUCCCUCUUGUUACUGUUUAAGUUCCAUGGCUCUCCUGUUUUCUCAUUCAUUGCAUUGUAUAGUAUUUGUGUCCACUUCUCUAAGGGGUGGGGGUGGGGAGGGAGUCUAAUAAUGCACCACGGAAGGCGGCAAACAACUGACAGCUAACUCUCUUUGCCACCUGAAGGGGGUCAGUGGUGGGGCAGGUAAUGCCUGUGUGGUGCUUGUAUUUAUUUGAGUGUUGCUUUUGCCUCAGAGAGGCAGACUCUACCGGUCUGAAGCAAAUAAAAAAUAUUUCUACAGUGACAAAUGGUGG